UAAAACUACCACUAAUACAUAAAAAUCUACCAUCUCAGUAUUCAUACAUAAAGGCACUGUCUCAUAUAGUCCUUUCAGUUCCACCCGAAUCUCGGUUUCAGAUUAUAUGCAAGUUCUUUUCCUCCCAUCUACUGUCUAUGUUGGCAUAUUACUAGACAAUGAAGGGGAAAUUUGUAAAGGCAUGCAUUACCAAAUGGAGGAAGAUGGGGAGAAGUGUCAUACCUUGUGGCAGUUGUGAAUACUGUUCUGAGUGGGCAAAGUGGCGGAGUUCAAUGCAUGAAGAGGGCUCAAUCCCAAGAGAUGUGCCGAAAGGUCACUUAGUAGUAUAUGUUGGUGAAAACUACAAGAGGUUUGUAAUCAAACUCACCUUGCUCAAGCAUCCACUGUUCAGGGUGUUGCUAGAUCAAGCUCAGGAUGAAUAUGAUUUUACCACCGACUCCAAACUCUGCAUUCCUUGUGAUGAAAGCUUCUUCCUCGAUGUUGUACGCUGUGCUAGCUCUCCUCGAGAUUGAAUACUCUCCCGGUGUCCAAUGGAAUUUAUGCUAGAAGCUUUAU